UGAGUCCGUAGCAACCUCGUAUCACUAAAGAUUUUCAGGAAUCGCGGUUAGACACACACAGAGAGGACAACAUGACGUCAGCCGAAGUCGAAAAUACCUUAAAACGGAUACAGGGGCAUAAAGGUGUACUUGGACUGAUUGUUGUCAACCCGGAAGGCAUAAUUUUACGGACAACUCUGGACAAUUCAACAACUUUACAACUAGCCAACUCGAUACAACAAAUUACGGCUCUGGCAAAGAGUGUAGUCAGAGACGUUGACCCACAAAAUGAUUUGACGUUUCUCAGAAUAAGAUCGAAAAAGAACGAAAUCAUGGUAGCACCAGAGGAUGGUUAUCUAUUAGUCGUUAUCCAAAAUCCAUCGGAGUAGUAUGCGGGCGUGACUUCAUAAUGAACAACCGAGAGAGGUAUCCAUCCGGGCAUUACUGCGAACACGUGACUGGUGCAAUUUACUGUAUUUAACAUUGACCUGUACAAGUAGUCAUUCAAUCUCAAAAAUUACGAGUGAUACUGGUUAUAAGUUAUCUUUUCGUCAUUUGGAAGCAAAGGUAUUCAGGCAAAGUUUGUUACGGACGCAUGCGCACACGUCAUGUGAACUACAGUAAUAUUGGUAGAUGGCGUGUACUUCUACAUAACUUGAAAAUUAUGAAUUAUCUGUGGCAGCCCCGAAUUUAGUGCAUAUUAUUACUGUAAAAUUGGUUAUGUAUGAUGUUUAUGAAAGAUAUUUGUACGUUUUUUUUCCAGAUGGCGUGAAUUAUGUUCAUCCCACAAACAAAAUUGACGAUCCUAAUACCGACAACACGCACAUGAAGUCAUGUCACAUGACCUAUUUUUAUGUAAAUACUAGUCUAUGGAUUUUUUGGUCCAUUUAUAUUUAUUUAGUAUUGUCAAAGAUUACAAAUAUAAUGAUCAAAUGCUAUACGGAUAUGAUAACAAUGUUCAAUUCGAAAACAUCUCAUUGUUUUAAAAGGUGGUGGUCAAAUUAUGCGCUAACAGUGCAUUGUGUGCGGUAUACACGUCAGAGAUCACGCAUGCGCAUGGAGUGUUGCUACGACCACCAUAUUUUAAUUACACCCAGUUGUCCAUAUUUCAAAUCGGAUAUACAUGAUCAUUUCGUUUGAGGCAAACUCAACUCCUCCACAGCCAUCUUGUCUCAGGCUUUCUCCAAAUAACUUAAUAUCACUGUAUUACCAUUGUUUAAAGUAAACUUUUGUCAUUUUACGCAAAAUAAAACUUCAUAAAAAA